GAACUAUUCCUUUCAGUUCCGCCCGAGGGUCAGUUGGUUCGAGGACUGCGGCUUUCGUAGACGCCCAACCUGUGUGCGAGGGUGAUGAUGUUCCGUACGAUUUCGUACUUUCUCAAGCCACGAUUGAGGAGUUCGAACGGGAACGAUGAAUUUAUGAGAGAUCGUGAGUUCGACGUCGACGACGGUGACGUGGUGGAAAGGACCUUUGUGCCGCCUCACUCCUCGUCGCUCGGUAGACAAGGGAAAAGGAGAAACACUUACCGCACACGCAAAAGAGGAUCGAACGAGUCAGAUGCCACGUACGAACGUAGGUGCAGCCUCGAGGGAUGUGAGGCCGUGUUGAAGAAGACAUGUUGCAAGUCUUAUGGGUGUCUCUCACGAAUGAAACCAGCGGACGUCCAAAAGUGCAGACGUGAGUUCAGAUCGGUUCGAGGGAAGGAUAAGCAAAGGUGGUGGAUAUCGAAGCUUCGUAGCUUCACGGCACUCCGACAAAAGAAGCCCGAGGUCAAGCCUAUUGUAGAAAUGCAUCCGGUGUGCGUUACCGCAUGGUGUCUGAUAUUGGGUUGUGGUCGGAACACUUACAAAAGGCACAACGAUGACCUCAACGAUGGAACGGUCGAUGCACGGCAUGGCAAUGAUGGUCGCCCUCGGACAACUGCAGAAUAUGCGCUGACAUGGUCUGCUUUUGAUGACAUUAUCCUGAACGAGUCUGACCCUAUGCCAGAUCAGACGGAGACGGGACCGGAUCUCGAUAUUAGGAAACGUGUUCGUCUCCCUUCGAUGUAUGGUACAAAGAAAGAUGUUCAUAGAAGCAUCGUCCAUAGGUUAGAGAAACUUGGUGUGCAUAACGUUGAGGCUGCAGGCCCUCGCCGGCUGCUGGGCCCCGUACAAGUUUCUCUCGGCGCCGUGAAGAUCAGGAAGGUGACCGUUGCUGGGUCUGGAUGUCCACAUGAGACACCGUUAGUCAGCAUCUCUGCCGAUAACCAGGCCGUCACCAUUCCAUUUUUGGAGUACCAGGUGGUCGUUCCAGCGGCACUGAAGGACCGUCAGAAGUCGUGCACCAUCAGCAUCGACCUCGAUUAUCCUGCUGGCUGGACGUACGUGGCCAGCAAGUGGACCUACCAGGGAUGGGUGGAGCUGCAGAAGGGUCUGGUCGCUUAUCAAUCCGCCAAGUACUACUACCAAGGAGGACAGCCGGCUUGCGAGCGCAUUGCCAAGUGGGAUGCUCUGGAGAAGCCCAUCGCUGGCAGGUCGUACACCAUUCAGGAGGUUUGUCCGGAGGGCAUCUCGUUCAGCCCUUGCGGAGAAGUUCGGGGCCUGAACAUCUUGACCAGGAUGUGGAUCGACAACAAGAAGAACUACAAUGCUGAGGGUGUGAUUAAAGCAGAGGUCGUCGACGGCGAAGUGAAGUCCUGGAACUUGUUUGUCUGCCACCUGUACUGGCAAUGGUGUCACUGAGGAAGAGAGUUGAGGAGUACUUAGAGCAGUUGGAGCCAUGAUCUAUGCUCCAGUCUCUCCUGCUCGGACGCUACCCGGUCGAGUUCUUAUGAUCGUUUGGAGGCGAAACUUAUGGCUGGACGGGUGUUAGUCUUGUCUGGAAAAGAGAGAGAGAGAGAGAGAGAGAGAGAGAGAGAGAGAGAGA